AGGAAGGACCCCGACGAUGGCGGCGGCCGCGGCCCUUGCGCUCGGGCUGCCGCUGCUGCUCCUGGGGGCGCCCCGAGGGGUCCCCGGCCAAGCCCACCCGCCGCCGCCGCCCGCCCCGCAGGACGCCGAGUUCACCUUCCUGCUGCCGGCCGGGCGCCGGGAGUGCUUCUACCAGGGCGCGCCGGGCAACGGCUCCAUGGAGCUGGAGUACCAGGUGAGGCUGGGUAGGGGUCCACAAUCCGGCCCCCAAAACCAGGCGCAUGGGGAUUGGAGGGGGGGCAACCGGCCCCCUUCUUCCUGCUCAGCCCCCGGUGGUGGUGGCAGAAGGGACCGGGGGGGGUAGACUGCCCCCGAAGGUGGAGUUCCCCCUUGGCUACCGCGACGGAGACUGUGCGCGCACAGCGCUGCCCUUUGCUCCGCAUCCAGGAGGACGUUAGUCGCGAUCCGUAUCUCUUAGGAAACGCUGCAUUUUUAUGCACUUCCCCUACACGCCCCCCCCCCCCCGCGCCACCACCAAACCAGCUUUGAUCCGAAUUGGGUGGGAAUGAAUGACCUGGCUGCGUUUUAAGCCGGCAGAGCCAUGGAGUAUUGCGUUCUGUGUGGAUUUAUCAGCAGCCAGAUGACUCGCACGUUUGUUCUUCAGAGGGGAAAUGGUACUUAGUACAACAAAACCCUGUAACUUUUCGAGACAGUUUGAGCAGCCAGUGUAUCUGACAGAUCCCUCUUAAAAGCCGUUUGCCAUUGCCUUGCCAAGUUUUUAUUGUUUCCUUAACUUAACUUUUAUUUAAGUUAAGUGAUGAAUUAAUAUGUUUAAUUUCAUAAUGUGAAGAUCUAAGGAUGUUAAUGUUUAAGUUAAAUUUUAUAAGAACUGUGAUUUGGAAAACCGUUAAAAGGACAUGCAAUGAAAUUCAACCAAGGGGAAGUGAGGAAGUCACUUAACAAUGUUAAUAAGUGUAAUUUUUAAUAAGGCUAUGAUUUAUGUUUGUUUGUCUUAUGUGUUUGUUUGUUGAUAAUGUUGUGAAAACUAAUAAAAAAUAUUUCGAAGUUUUUAUUGUUUCCUUCCUAGUUGCCUGGCGUAGUUACCCUCACAACAGUCUUGCAAAGCGGGCUGGGUUUUAAAAAAGUUGCUCAGCCCCAACUGGUUGCCUGAUACUCAAAUAAAGAUUUGUAGCCAUUUGCCACUUUUCUUGUAUCAUUGGUGGCUUUUCUGGGCAUAGUAGCUCUUUCCAUCAUCCAACUCUUGCUAUUGCCAUUUAGGUUAUUGGUGGAGCAGGGCUGGACGUUGACUUCUCCUUGGAAAGUCCUUCAGGCACAUUGCUGGUUGAUGAAUACCGGAGAUCCGAUGGGGUUCACACGUGAGUCAUGCUUCUUUUAUGCUUUGGAGUGAAGGCUAGUGGCACUGUGUGGGGAGGGCCAGAGGGGCAGUGGCUCUGGGUGCAUUUGGGGUGGGUGUGUGCAUUUUGCUCCUCGCCUCCCUGCUAGCCCUGCGCCGCUGCUUGGCUCUGGUGGGCAGUGGGGGUCACUCCCGCAGCAUCGGCGAGGGCUGGAAGUGGGCUCCAUUCACCCUCCAUUGCUUCCCCCCCCAGGCGUGGGAUACUCACGAGAAAUCCAUUGCUUGCCCAUGGUCCAGGUGCUUUUACAAGCAGCAAAAGUAUGAAGAGUUUGUGUAUCUGUUUUUUGAUUUUUUAAAAAUGCACUUUGGCUACUCCAGCUUUGUAGGAUAUAGCUGCCUUCAUCACGCAGCCCUUCGCUCAUCCUCUUUGUUGGUAUCUUUCAGCGUUGAGCCAACGGAGGGAGGGGAUUACAAGCUGUGCUUUGACAACUCCUUCAGCACUAUAUCGGAGAAGUUGGUGUUCUUUGAGCUGAUCUUUGACAGCGCCCAGGAAGAUGAGGACUUGAACAAUUGGGCAGAAGUCGCCGAACCAGAAGAGAUGCUUGACAUAAAGAUAGAAGACAUUAAGGUGGGCAAAGAGGCUUCAGGGGAAAUGCCUAGUGCUGAGAUGUGGUGGAGUUAGGCAGAAUAACAGUGGCAUUCGAUGGGAAAGAGACCAGGAUAGCUCCAGUCUCCUGCAACCAUGCACAGAGUAACAUUGCCAGACAAAGCAGAUGGGGUCAGCCAAUAGCAGACGAGGUCAGCUGCUGCCUGGGCUUCCAGGUAUUUAGCUGAUGCAGGAGGAAUGCUCCACAAUGGGAGCCUAACAAUUAGUUCCUUUCUUGGAUCUUCACUCCCCUUUUCCAAAUGCCCCAUGCCUGAUGGGGAUGGGUGGGAAAGAGCCCCUGCAUUUCUGAAGCGCUGGCCAAAGCCCUGCAAAUCAACCCAAGUCCUAUGGGUGGAAUGGAUCUUCCCAUCAUUACUGUCAAUAUGUGGCUAGUGGCUUAAUAAAUUAGGAUGUUCACAUUAGUGGCUUUGCCCCAGAGACCUACCAUUUAGGCUUUGCUGAAGAGGUGAACAUGGUAAUUGACACACUUGUGUGGGUUAGUGUCUGUGUGUGUAACUUUGUAUUAAUGUAGCAUUUUUAUAGGUAACACUGUAGUUUCAUGACCUUUUAAAAAAAAUUAUCUGUUGUGCCUUCAGUUUUUUUGUACACCACAUAGAUACAUUUUCGAUAUAUUAAGCAGUAUAGAAAUUAAAUAAUCCAUCAACUACAUAGGUACAUAAAUUUGAAAUAGACUCAUGAGUAAUUUUGGGUUAAUACUAGAGGUUAAUCAAAGCCCUUCCACUGUGUUCCAGAAAUUGUGUUCAGAAAGCAGCUCCCUGUUGUUUCAAGACCCAUUUAUUUUAUUUUACAUUACCUAUAUGACAGAAAUCUUUUCAGCUCCCCGAGAUAAAAACCAGAGGGUGACUUGGUUCAAGGAAGACUCCUGAUUAAUCUUAACAGUGAAAGUUGGUCAACUAGCCAAUUUCAAGUCAUAAGGUUACAAAGCUGACUUGUUUAACUGAGUAGUAUUUGUUUUAAACCAGGAAUCUUGUUUUUUGUUGUUUUUUUAAAAAGGUAUAUCUAACAAAAUUCCUCCUCAGCUGCACAUCAGGGGAGAAUGCUGUGUCCAACUCACGGUGCACAGGGUGUGGUCCGAAGGCACGUGAUGUGCAAUCACCCUGCUGAAGCUAAGCAGCUCUGGGUUGGUAGCAGCAGUACUUGCCAGGCACUUUGGUAAACGUGGACUUUGAGACCAGAAAUGCAGACAGCAGGUGUCUUCUUGUUACCGCCUUUGUGGCUUAGUACUCCGGUUAAAGAAGAAAAUGAAACUAGCUGUUACUCUUAAUAGGUUUUGGCAAUCAUUGCAAACCUGCAUUUUCACUGCUUUGGAACAGUGCAUACGGGGGAGCUGGCAAAGGCAACAAAAGGAGUAAUUUUUUAAUCCAGCCAGGAAAGGUUUUUCAGCAUCUUAACAGAUAAAUUAUUUGUGUCAGCAUAAAGAGAAGGUACAGAUCUGUAAGGAAUUAUCUCUGGGGUUGUGGUACAUGAAUGCACAGUGAUUCUUCAUGGCCUUUUAAUGGAUGUUGAAAUUGCUUGAGUUUAGAUGGUCACAAUGAAUUUUUUUUUGGUUAACAAUAAUAGACAUGGUGCCUGAUUAUUUGUUGGGUGAAGAAUCUGACUCCAUGUGAUUUGAAUUUGACUGGCAACAAUGGUUUCCUUUCCCCCAAAACACAUCUUUGCCCCCAACACAUCUGUUCUCCUUUGUUCUCACCAUUGUAGGAAUCUAUUGAAACCAUGAAGAGCCGCUUGGAGAGAAGCAUUCAGAUGCAGGCCCUGCUGCGAGCCUUUGAAGCUCGAGACCGCAAUUUACAGGAAAGCAACCUGAGCCGAGUCAACUUCUGGUCAGCUGUCAAUCUCACUGUGCUCCUGGUGGUGUCAUUUCUCCAGGUGUACAUGUUGAAAAGCCUCUUUGAGGACAAGAGGAGGGUCUGGACGUAGCAGGAGGAGAAAUGGCACCCCCUUUUUACCAAUACGGGGCAGGUAUCCAGAAAAAUGCCAGCUCCCAUAUUGCCAAAGCUCAGUACUGUCCCAAGUGUAGCUGCCAUUUCUGUCACGAGUCUCUUUACAGAAGGGGUUAAAAUAUCACAGCCAAGGGAGGGAUUUGGGGUGGGGAUUGAACACCCCCACAUCUUGUGCGAUGGUGGCAACCUGUCGAAAUUGAGAGCAGGAUGAGGGAGUGCAAGAACUGGAGAUGUUAGGCAGUACACAACAAGCAAAAACAGCUGUUCUUCAUGCAUUUCAAUAGCUCCUAUGUUUACAAUGAAGGGCAGGUGCUUCUCAAUGUACUACAGCUUGCAGCGGAGUUUGCCUCUUGGCCUUAAAACUUUGAUAUUCUGCAUCAGACUUCAUCAACAUGUGCCUUAGCAAAAGUCGCUGGUCUGGCUGGAAGCAGCAACGCCCCGGCCACUUUUGCUGUUGAGAGGUUCCUAGCCUCUGCUUUUUCCAUGGAAUCUCCCUGCCCUAAGAAGCCCCACAAUACUUAAGGGCAUUAAGAAAACUCUCCUAGUGGCACUGGUAAUCUUUACCACCCAGGCGUCUGCAUUUGAUUUUCCUCAGGCAUGACUACAUGAGGAGUAUUGUCACUGCUAAAGACUCCCAUGGUCAGCAAUCUGCAAAGGGUGAAAAGGCCUGGUUUUGCACUCAUUUGGUGCUAGCGUGUCCCCGAUCUAGCAUUCCAAUUUUCAGCAGAAAGCAAGCAGAAUGUGGUUGAGUUUAUUCCCUUGGGAGGAAAUUAUUGCCUUUCCAAGACUCUUCAAGUAUCUUUAAAUGUUAGGAACUGAGCAAGUAAACUCCUGAUUAUAGAAGGCUGACCUGCAGAGCACAUGAAGUCUUGAAUACAUCUGGUGGAAUUCUUCUCUGUUUAUCUUCUGCUCAGGACUUGAGCACCUUGGGAAUUCCUUACUGGAUUUAGGAUAUGAGAAAUUUCACAAGUAUAACUUGGGCCUAAAUUACACAAUGGUGGCAGAUUAGUGUUGUUACAUGCUGUGAUUGAAGCACAUUUGCAUUUAAAGUGGGCGCGGGUGGUGCAUCUUCUCUUCUUCCUGCCACAGGUAUGCCAGCAGACUGCUCAGCUCUGAUAUCAGUAGUGAGACAGGCUGGGAGAGGGCUGUGCAGAACAAGUGGGCAAAGGAAGAAUUUAGCACUGCCCUGGCAGUUUAACUUUGUUCCCUCACUACAAGACAUUAUUGAGGGACUUCUGAAAUACACUCCUGGUACUUUCACUGUAGAUUAAAGUUGAACGUUCAAGAGAAUUGAUAUCCCCAACCCCAAAAUAGCCUUUCAGAUGGGCUGCUGCAUUUCAAUUCACAUUCUUAGUAUGUUAAAAUUUCCCUGGACGUGGCAGUGCAUUAGCCCAAGCUAACUGUUCAAUGCUACUCCAUUGGCUGCUCUUCAGGGCAGGAUGCUGCCAGUUCCCAUAGCUGCAUCCCAGAUCAGCUGGAUUCUGGCGGCAAGAAACAGCUGUGUGUACGCUCACACUAUAAAAAGACUUUGUUUGGGCUUCCUGAUGUCAGAGAAUGCCUGGCAUAACAAUGGGAGGCUGCCAGUGUUCACCCCUUUUCUAAGAUUGUGUAGGCCAUUGUCUUGUGGUUCAAUAAAUGGUCUUUGAAUUGGA